AUGUCUACUGACGCAUACUUCGAAGAUUUAACUUACUGCUCAUUACUUGGCUUUCUGGAACACAAACGUCCAACAGAAAAAGACAAAGCCUACAGUUUGUAUAAAGGAACACUUAGUUUCAUUUCUAAAGAUGAUACCAUCAAAUCAGAAAGAAGAACUCGCACGCAAGCUUGUCUAAAACAUUUUAAGGAACAAGCUGAUUUAGUGGCAGUAAAACAAUAUUGGAUGGACCUGAAAAAGAAACAACUGGAGGAUUUGAUUUCUCUUGAAGAGUCUUUACAUGUUCUAGACGCGACAAAAGAUACACGAAAUCAAGGUCACUUACUACGAAAUACAAUUACAAAAAUUAUUGAAAAGCGGAGUACCACAAACCAUAUUCUUAAGGAAAAUAACGCAUUAAAAUCAAAUCCUCUUAAUAUAAGAAAUGACAAUGUUGCUAAUGCCUAUUCUAAAGGCACUAGUUCGGAAAAGGUUAAAGAGCCUCAAGAGAAUGGAAAGUCAGCCUGUAAAGAUAAUUUGAAAAGAAAAAGAGAUGAUGAUGAUGAGCCGGAUUAUGAAGAAUUGUCGUUAUUAUUUGAUGAAUCAAACGAAGAUGCCCUUGUGGAAUGUAUUGAUGAAAAAGUACUUGAGCAAGAGAAUAUAUUGCCACAAGAUCAACAAAAAAAUAUUGAUACAGGUAUUGUUGAAUCUUUUUACAAAUAUCAAAAGACAAUUCCAAAAACCCAAAUUCUAGACUUAAACGGAGAAAGUUUAUAUGAUUGUAAAAAUCUCACGACGGAGGUUAUACUACAACUUUCACAAGAAUUUGCUGAAAAAAAUUUCUGGAAAACAAUGCCACCAGAAAAGAAUAUACGAGAAUACUUUGAUGCUAAUUGUGCGAAAAAUGCAGAUGAUAAUCAUAACAUUGAAAAACUAGAUGGGGAAGUCCAAGCUUUAUCCACAAAUUACGCACGUAAUGAAAAGGCGAGUCCGUUUAAAAAAGCAAGAAUAGGUAGACGCGUUGACAUGAAAAGUACUCUUAUCAAAACAACUAAUAAAUUCGAAAUUAUUUAUGGAGAAGUAUCGGGAGGGUUGGGUCCUCUUAGAAUACCCACCGCCUGUCGUAAAAAGCGAGCCGGUAUAUACAGAUUUGGGUUAGUGGACCGAUGCAGAUUACCGUCUGAUGAGGAUGAAUUUGGGAUACUUGAGGAUGCAUACUGUAUCCUUAAAUUGCUUGAA